GUGAUUGGAGCUGAUUUCAAUGGACAUGUUGGUGAAGGGAACAGAGGAGACGAGGAGGUGAUGAGUAGGCAUGGUGUCAAGGAGAGGAAUGAAGAAGGUCAAAGGAUGGACAUGGCUGUGGUGAAUACGUAUUUUAAGAAGAGGGAGGAACAUUGGGUUAUGUACAAGAGUGGAGGAAGAUGCACACAGGUAGAUUACAUCCUAUGCAGAAGAGUCAAUCUGAAGGAGACUGAAGACUGCAAAGUGGUGGCAGGGGAAAGUGUAGUUAAGCAGCAUAGGAUGGUGGUCUGUAGGAUGAUGUCGGAGAUCGAGAAGAGGAAGAGAGUGAGGACAGAGCCAAGGAUCAAAUGGUGGAAGUUGAAAAAGGAAGACUGCAAGGUUGAGUUUAGGGAGAAGGUGAGACAGGCACUGGGUGGUAUGAAGAAUUACCAGACAGUUGGGAAACUACAGCAGAUGUAGCAAGGGUGACAGCAAGAAGGGUGCUUGGCAUGACAUCUGGACAGAGGAAGGAGGAAAAGGAAACCUGGUGAUGGAAUGUGGAAAUACAGGAGAGUAUACAGAGGAAGAGGAUGGCAAAGAAGAAGUGGGAUAGUCAUAGAGAUGCAGAAAGUAGACAAGAGUACAAGGAGAUAAGGCGCAAGGUGAAGAGAGGGGUGGCAAAGGCUAAAGAAAAGGUGUAUGAUGAGUUGUAUGAGAGGUUGGACACUAAGGAGGGAGAAAGGGACUUGUACCGAUUGGCUAGACAGAGGGACCAAGCUGGGAAAGAUGUGCAGCAGGUUAGGGUGAUAAAGGAUAAAGAUGGAAACAUACUCGCAAGCGAGGAUAGUGUAUUGAGCAGAUGGAAAGAGUACUUUGAGAGGCUGAUGAAUGAAGAAAAUGAGAGAGAGAGAAGGUUGGAUGAUGUGGAGAUAGUGAAUCAGGAAGUGCAGCGGAUUAGCAAGGAGGAAGUAAGGACAGCCAUGAAGAGAAUGAAAAAUGGAAAGGCCGUUGGUCCAGAUGACAUACCUGUGGAAGCAUGGAGGUGUUUAGGAGAGAUGGCAGUGGAGUUUUUAACCAGAUUGUUUAAUGGAAUCUUGGAAGUGAGAGGAUGCCUGAGGAGUGGAGAAGAAGUGUACUGGUGCCGAUAUUUAAGAAUAAGGGGGAUGUGCAGGACUGUUGUAAGUACAGGGGGAUAAAAUUGAUGAGCCACAGCAUGAAGUUAUGGGAAAGAGUAGUGGAAGCUAGGUUAAGAAGUGAGGUGAUGAUUAGUGAGCAGCAAUAUGGUUUCAUUCCAGGAAAGAGCACCAUAGAUGCGAUGUUUGCUCUGAGGGUGUUGAAGGAGAAGUAUAGAGAAGGUCAGAAGUAGUUGCAUUGCGUCUUUGUGGACCUGGAGAAAGCAUAUGACAGGGUGCCUCGAAAGGAUCUAUGGUAUUGUAUGAGGAAGUCGGGAGUGGCAGAGAAGUAUGUAAGAUUUGAACAGGAUAUGUACAAGGGAACUGUGACCAUGGUAAGGUCUGCGGUAGCAGUGAUGGAAGCAUUCAAGGUGAAGGUGGGAUUACAUCAGGGAUCGGCUCUGAGCCCUUAUUUGCAGUGGCGAUGAACAGGUUGAUAGGCGAGAUUAGACUGGAGUCCCCGUGGACUAUGAUGUUUGCUGAUGACAUUGUGAUCUGUAGGGAGCAGGUUGAGGAGAUCCUGGAGAGGUGGAGAUAUGCUCUAGAGAGGAGAGAAAUGAAGGUCAAUAGGAACAAGACAGAAUGUGUAUAAAUGAGAGGGAGGUCAGUGGAAUGGGGAGGAUGCAAGGAGUAGAGUUGGCGAAAGUGGAUGAGUUUAAAUAUUUGGGAUCAUCACUACAGAGUAAUGGGGAUUGUGGAAGAGAGGUGAAAAAGAGAGUGCAGGCAGGGUGGAAUGGGUGGAGAAGAGUGUCAGGAGUGAUUUGUGACAGACGGAUAUCAGCAAGAGUGAAAAGGAAGGUCUACAGGAUGGUAGUGAGACCAGCUAUGUUAUAUGGGUUGGAGACAAUGGCACUGACCAGAAAACAGAAGACAGAGUUGGAGGUAGAAGAGUUAAAGAUGUUAAGAUUUGCAUUGGGUGUGACAAGGAUGGAUAGGAUUAGAAAUGAGUACAUUAGAGGAUCAGCUCAAGUUGGACGGCUGGGAAACAAAGUCGGAGAGGUGAGAUCGCGUUGGUUUGGACAUAUGCAGAGGAGAGAUGCUGGGUAUAUUGGGAGAAGGAUGCUAAGUAUAGAGCUGCCAGGGAAGAGGAAAAGAGGAAGGCCUAAGCGAAGGUUAAUGGAUGUGGUGAGAGAGGACAUGCAGAUGAUGGGUCUAACAGAACAAGAUGCAGAGGACAGAAAGAUAUGGAAGAAGAUGAUCUGCUGUGGUGACCCAUAACAGGAGCAGCCGAAAGAAGAAGAAGAAGAGGAUGUAUUAGUUUCAGUUUUAGUUUUAGUAAUUAUGGCAUGAAGCACUACGAAGUUUAGUUUU